AUGAACAAAAAAGCACGCCGGAUCUCGGUUGAGGAUUACAUCCAAGAAGCAGCUGACAUUGCUGCAAGACGCGGAUAUACUGUAACUCAAAGGGUAGUAGGGGAAGGAAUUGCUGGAAUGCCAAAAUUCGAGCUUGCACUUGUCCGGCCGGAUGAAGGUGUUGCUUCCAACCUUCCAAAACCGCUACGCAGGGCUGCGACCGGUCUUACCAACAGAGAGAAGAUAAAGGUUCAUGCAAAUGUAUUCGAUCUUCCAAGGAAAGCACUUCAAUUUAAAGAAGAAGUGGAAGCCUGGGAUGCUAAACAACGUCAAAAGGAGAAUGGAAAGACGGACAGAAAACAUGGUGAGAGAAAGACACAUCAAGGCGUGGGUCGAAAAACGACCGGAAUAUUACAAGAAAGGGAUACUAUUAGACAAGAAGACCAGAUGAAGCCGUUAAGUGACAGAUAUGACAAGAGAAAAGCACAACCGAUAAAGGUAAAACUGAAGGAAAGAAGUGAAAACGAUGAAGAUUGGAUAAGUGACGACGAUGACGAUAAAGAAAAUAAUGGUACCCGUGAAGAACGCGAGGAGAUAGCAAGGGAGGUUAAAAGACACGAGUUAAAACGGGUGGGUGCAGACGAUGUCAAAAGAUUGCAUGGACCGAAACGAAUUAUCCGAUCGAGUACUAUUGCAUGA